UAGAAAUAACAUAGAUCAAAGUCAGUGCUUCAUUUCAACUCAUGAUUUAAUUCAUCUUGGAGCUCUCUUUCUGAAAGAUAAUGAGCUACAAGUUUUAAUUUUAAAAAACCCACCAGAUCAUUGUGCUGUUAGGACCGUUAUCAUUGUCUUCCCCAGCCUGAUCCUCAUGGUCCUUACUGAAAUGUGUUAAAUGUUUUUAGUGAGAUCAUUUCACAGCAGCAUUUGGUUAAAAUACAUACGGAAACUCUUUUUAAUACCAAUGCCUUCUGGAGAGACAGACAGAUUUUGUCCUAAGGAAACUGGAUUUUUCCAUAAAAGAAUAUUGUACAAUUAUUCCCAAAUUCAAGGGUAAUAUCCUAAACCCAAAGGCUUUAUUCUUUACUUUUGGAUUUGUGUUACAUAUGUGGAUCUCAAACUGGAUAUAAUUUUAGUGACUCAUUCAAGCCCUCUCAAUUUACAGAUAAAAAAGUUUACCUUGUUAAAUUCUUUCAAGAUAAUGGCUCUUACACUUGAGUACACAUCACAGUUACGCUGAUGGCUUAUUAAACACAGAUUGCUGGCUCCAUCUCCCAAGUUUCUGAUUUUGUGGGUUGAGGUGGGGUCUGAGAAUCUGCCUUUCCAACAAGUUUCUGGGUAAUCCUAAUGCUUUGGGCUUGAGGAUCACAAUUUGACAACCACUAUUUUAAUGUAACUCCUUCUCUGGAGGGUUUCUUUUCCUCUUUUAGGUAAAACUGUCAAAUGUGCUGUUUUUAUAUUUUUUUAACUUGAUCAUUACUUAACUGGACUCUGUAUGUUUCUCUAUUUCAACUUUCUAAGAAAAACACACAUACCCCUGACGUUUUCUCUAAGUUGGUCCCAUUUUUCUUUAAAUUUUGGAUCGCUAAGACUGAAAGUUCUGCCACAAAUAGUCACAAAGAUGAACACCAAUUAACCUGUUCUCUGUUCUUGCUCAUGUGCUUCGCUCUAAUCCGUGGAGCUCACCCUCUUGUAGGUGUUUGAGAAUAGGCUCAGGUACACUUCAUGUUCAGAUCUACGUUUUGAUGUGUCACAUAAGAUAUCUCUUGAGAUUCCUGUGGUUUGCUGUGCUGAGCAUGACUCGACUUGAAGGUUUUGAAUGACUACUGCCUUAAACAGAAUAAGCCUUCCUUGGUGACCCAUUGGAAACAGAAAACCAAGCCCUUGAUGACAGAAUUCUCGGUAAAGUCCACCAUUAUUUCUCGUUAUGCCUUCACCACGGUUUCCUGCAAAAUGCUGAACAGAGCUUCUGAGGACCAGGAUUUUGAGUUCCAGAUGCAGAUUCCAGCUGCAGCUUUUAUAACUAACUUCACCAUGCUUAUUGGAGACAAGGUAUAUCAGGGUGAGAUUACAGAAAGAGGAAAGAAGAACGGGGAUAGGGUAAAGGAGAAAAGGAAUAAAACCACAGAGGAUAGUGGGGCUGAGGGCACCGACACCUUCAGAGCCUCUCUGGUGAUUCCCAGCAAGGACAAGGCCGCCUUCCUCCUGAGUUACGAGGAGCUCCUGCAGAGGCGCCUGGGCAAGUACGAGCACAGCAUCAGCGUGCGGCCGCAGCAGCUGGUGGGGAGGCUGACGGUGGACGUGACGGUGCUGGAGAGCUCGGGCCUCGUGGCCCUGCAGGUGCUGCCGCUGCGCCGCAGCAGGCAGAAGGGCGGCGCGCGGGCGGACGACGAUUCGGGGCCUCCUCCUUCUACUGUUAUCAACCAAAAUGAAACUUUUGCCAAAGUGGUUUUUAAGCCUAGUGUGGUACAGCAAGCCAAGAUUGCCCAGAAUGGAAUUUUGGGAGAUUUUAUCAUUCGGUAUGACGUCAAGAGGGAACAGAGGAUUGGGGACAUCCAGGUUCUAAACGGUUAUUUUGUGCAUUACUUUGCUCCUAAAGACCUUCCUCCUUUACCCAAGAAUGUGGUCUUUGUGCUUGAUACCAGUGCCUCUAUGGUAGGAACCAAGCUCCAGCAGACCAGGGAGGCUCUUACCACCAUUCUCCACGACCUCCGGCCCCAGGAUCGUUUCAGUAUCAUCGGGUUUUCCAACCGGAUUAAAGUGUGGAAGGACCACCUGGUACCGGUCACUCCUAGCAAUGUCAUAGAUGGCAAAUUCUACAUUCACCUCAUGUCGCCCAGCGGAGGCACAGACAUCAACGGGGCCCUCCAGGCAGCCGUCGGGCUCCUGAACAACUACGUGUUGCACAAUGACAUUGAAGACCGGAGUGUGUCCCUUGUCAUCUUCCUGACGGAUGGGAAGCCCACGGUGGGGGAGACCCAUGCCCCCAAGAUUCUCAACAACACCAAGGAGGCUGCCCAGGGUCAGAUCUGCAUCUUCACUGUUGGCAUUGGCAAUGACGUGGACUUCAGGCUGCUGGAGAAACUGUCACUGGACAACUGCGGCCUCACACGGCGUGUUCUUGAGGAGGAGGACGCGGGUGCACAGCUCAUUGGGUUCUACGAUGAGAUCAGGACGCCCCUGCUUUCUGACAUCCGCGUCGAUUACCCCUCUGGCUUAGUGGAGCAUGCCACCAAAACUGUGUUUCCCAACUACUUCAACGGUUCCGAGAUCGUCAUCGCCGGGAAGCUGGUGGACAGGAAGACGGACCAGCUGCACGUGGAGGUCACUGCCAGCAACAGUAAGAAAUUUGUCAUCCUAAAGACGGACGUGCCUGUGGAGCCUCAGAAGGUGAGGAGCGGCGUCCCAGGAAGCCCCAGUUCCAGAGGUGAUGGUGAGGAGGACCCCAACCACAUCGAGCAUCUCUGGAGCUACCUUACUGUGAAGGAGCUGCUAAGCUCCUGGCUGCAGAGUGACAAUGAGCAGGAGAAGGAGAGACUGAGGCAGAAGGCGCAGGACCUGGCCAUGAGCUACCACUUCCUCACCCCCUUCACCACCAUGAAGCUGAGGACGCCGGUGCUUCAGGAGAACACGCUGGAGGUCGCGCGGGGCAUGUCGGCGGCAACAGGCCCGGAAACGGUGAUGCAGAGCCUGCGGGGAGCCUCCAUGAAGCCAGGACCGGUGCUCAAGCAACCAUCCGACCCAAGAAUCAAACUCUCUAAAACAUCAGUGGAUGGCGAUCCCCAUUUUGUUGUGGAUUUCCCUUUGAGCAAACUCACCGUCUGCUUUAACAUCGACGGACAGCCCGGCGAUAUCCUGCGGCUGGUCACUGACCACACGGGCUCCGGUGUGACGGUGAAUGGAGCGUUGAUUGGGGCCCCUGCUCCUCCCAGUGGUCACAAGAAACAGCGCACUUACUUCGGCACCAUCACCAUCCUCGUCAACCAGCCGGAGCGGUCUUACCUGGAGAUCACACCCCACAGGGUCAUCCUCGACGGCGGCGACAGGCUGGUCCUCCCCUGCAACCAGACCGUGGUGGUGGGCAGCCGGGGCCUGGAGGUGGCUGUGUCAGCCAAUGCGAACGUCACUGUCACCAUCCAGGGCACCAUUGCUUUUGUCGUUCUCAUUCACCUCUACAAAAAGCCAGCGCCCUUCCAGCGGAACCACUUGGGCUUCUACAUCUCCAACAGCAAAGGCCUUUCCAGCACCUGCCAUGGACUGCUGGGUCAGUUCCUGAACCAGGAGACCAAACUCAUCAAAGAGCCUGCAGGGCACAGCCCAAACCUUACCGAUUCGCCCUUCCCUCGGGCAGAAGGGACGCCUGAGACCACUCUACGGGUGAAAGGGCACCAAGUCCCAGUGGUCUGGAAACAAAGGAAGAUUUACAACGGCGAAGAGCAGAUAGACUGCUGGUUUGCCAGGAACAAUGCUGCCAAGCUGAUUGACGGGGUGUAUGAGGAUUACCUGGCAUCUCAUCCGUUUGACACAGAAACAACUCUGGGCCUGGGAGGGUCCCCUGGAUCUGACCCCAGCAGCCUUAAUUGAUGACGGUGCAUGACAGGGAAGUGACGGUGGGGACACCGAGGCACAGCUGUCCUCGUUACCCUUGCACGCCUCUGCGCUUGCACCGAGCUGCACUCUGCAGCCCAGGGCUGACGUCUGCUGGAGCGAGGGGUGAGGCAGACAGCUGCAGUGGAGAUAUGGUUUCCUUCCCCUCCUCCUUCCUCUUCCUUCCCCUGCAGCCUCCCAUCUUUGGUCGACAAAACUGGUCGCUUCAAGUGGAGAAAGGUCACGGUUCAGAUACGAAAGCUUCUGUCUCGUACCACCUGGCUUGUCCCUCUGGGGCCUUCUGUAAGGUAACUCCUUCCAGUGUAACGAGAUUGCCAUGAGAUUAAUUUUCCUUGUAGAAAGGGCCAAAUUCUGCUUUCCACAUCAUACUCGUACCUGAAAUCUCCCCUUUAGCCCUGCUGUGUUCUGCAGAUGUGCCAUCCGAGUUCUUCCUCAGAUGCACCCUCUGCAAAGCCCCGGGGCCCAGAUCGGAAUUCCAAACAGCACAUGAAUUAGAUCAUUGUAAACAGCUAAGGCUUUUCUGCUGUGGACAUUUGUCCUUAAAAAUUAGUUUUCAUUUAAAAAUGAUUAAAAAUGGAAAAACUUACAUCCCAGAUACUGAUCUCUUUCCAAUGAACUUUGUAGACCCCUUGACUCUGCUGUUUGACAUUCUCCAAUUCAUUCCAUGAAGCUUUUAAUAAACAAGACAAUCCACGUGGAUGGUUUUCCGCUGGCCCUUCUUGGUGCUGGAGAGUUGGCCAGUCAAAUUACUAA